AUGCAAUACCUCUUAGGAAUUGUUGUCACUCUACUCUGCCUGAUCCUCAAUCUGGUAGUCACUUCUUGUUAUCCCACUUGUCGUAGCGAUGAGAGUUCUGCCUUGCUUCGCUUCUCAAAUUCCUUGUCAAUUGAUCCAUUCGCCUCUGGUUGCACAUCCAGUAGAGCAAAAACAAUGUCAUGGAAUAAUAGCAUCGACUGUUGUCAAUGGGACGGGAUCACUUGCGAUCCAUUAACUAGUCAUGUUAUUGGUCUUGACCUUAGCUGCUCCCAACUUAGUGGAAGCCUCGACUCAAAUAGCACCCUCUUCCAACUUCAUCAUCUCGAAAGCCUUUCAUUAGACAACAAUAAUUUUUCUGCUUCCUCCAUUCCUCCUAAAUUUGGAGAUUUCACACACUUAUCCUUGCUUAAUCUCUCUGAAUCAUAUUUUCAAGGCAGGGUACCUAAACUCCCAAAACUCAAAUUACUUGACCUUUCUACAUAUUAUCAGUAUCUUGAAAUGCCAGAUGUCAAUAGUAUCAUUGAAAACUUAACAUCCUUGUCAUAUCUUGAUCUUCGUUUUGUCUCAAUCAAUUCAAAUUUUCCUGCAUCUCUGAUACUUGAUUUGUCGGACAACAGCUUUACCGGUGAUGUUGAGCUUAGUAUGUUUUCUAUGUUUACAGAUCUAGAUACUCUUAUUUUAUCUUUAAAUAGUUUAUCAGUGUCUACAAAACUCAACUCCUCCUCGAUGCUGUCCAAAUUAUCAUAUUUGGGACUCUCUUCUUGCAAUAUUAGUGAAUUUCCUUACUUGGGAAACCAAGAAAGACUCGAAUUCUUGUAUCUUGACGAUAACAACAUUCGAGGUGAGAUUCCCAAAUGGAUGGUUAACAUUAGCCAGGCUAUACCUUAUGCAUCUUUAAACUUAGACCUUUCUAAUAAUUCUCUAACACAUGGUCUAGAACUAAAUGGCACCAUUAAUCCAUCCUUUUGUAAUUUGACUGAAAUCAUCGUCCUUGAUUUAUCGAACAACACUCUUAGCGGAGAAAUCCCUCAUUGUUUGGUAAAUAGUUACACUCAGCUCGGUGCAUUAAAUCUUCAAGCGAAUAGACUAAAUGGCACCAUACCUGCAAAUUUCUCUAACUGUAAUUCAUUACAGUAUCUAGAUUUAAGUGACAAUCAAUUGGAAGGGGUGGUGCCAAAGUCUCUGUCACGGUGUAAAAGCCUAAAUGUUCUGUAUCUUGGGAAUAACAAGUUAGAGGGUACGUUUCCAUCAUGGCUAGACAGCCUCCCGCAGCUGAAAGUUCUCAAUCUACGUUACAAUAACUUCCAUGGCCCUCUGUUUACUUCAACAUAG